UCAACACUUUCUUUGCUCUCCUCCCCUCCUGCCCCACAAUGUCGGCAGUGAAGUAUCCAAAAGUAGCUGGGCACGAGCUCGUGCAGCAAAUCGGCGGAGGCGGCUUCUCGACCGUAUUUCGUGCAGUUAAUUUUGAGGAACACAGAGUGGCAGCAUGCAAGGUGAUCUCUCUCACAGAUGCCACAACCGACAAGGAGCGCAAGACCAUCGACAAAGAAAUGCGUGUCCACGCUGCCUUAAAGCACAAUAAUGUGCUUGAAUUUUAUAAUGCGGUGGUCGUGGAGAUCAAGCAUAGGCAUUUAUAUCAUCCCGGAAUCUACAUGUUGCUCGAACUUGCCGCAGGGGGCGAUCUUUUCGAUAAGAUUGCUCCCGAUGUUGGGGUCGGAGAUGAAGUAGCUCAUCUCUAUUUCAAACAAUUAGUUACGGGCAUGGACUACAUACACCACCAAGGUGUAUGUCACAGAGACCUUAAACCCGAAAAUCUCCUUCUUGACGUUGCAGGAACCCUCAAAAUAUCCGAUUUUGGGCUAUCCGCAGUGUAUAAACUCAAAGAAUCCGGCAAGACGCGAACAUUGACUGAACGGUGCGGAAGCCUUCCUUACGUCGCUCCGGAACUCGCUUUAGACACACCUUAUAAGGCCGAGCCCAUUGAUGUAUGGGGUAUGGGUGUCAUUCUUUUCACACUUCUCGCGGGCAAUACCCCUUGGGAUGAACCCACAGUGAACAGCACAGAGUUCGCUCGCUACGUAAAGGGCGAAAUAUUUGAUGACCCGCUGUGGUGUCACAUCCGGGGCGAUGCGCUGUCUCUCCUCACUGGUCUACUUUGUAUAGAUCCAGCAGAGAGGAUGUCGAUAUCACAAAUUUAUCAGCAUCCAUGGUGCAUGAGGUCUAGUCAGCUCGCUCAGAGAGGUGCAUUGGCCCUAGCCGAUAAACUUACUGAGAAGCUCAGAAAUAGCGGUGAUCUUGAUCUCGCUGCUCCAACUUUUGCGCAACCAGAAGAAGAAGUGGAUGCGGAUGGAGAUCAUAUGAUGUUCUCAGCCGGCCACAGCUCGCAGUUCACACAGUCGUUGAUGCUAUUCUCCCAAACUCAGUCCGGAAAUCGCUACACACCCUACCUCACGCGAUUCUAUGCUUCUCUUGGGUUCUCUCUGCUUCUGACGCUGAUCCAUGAAAGUCUUGAGGGUCUGGGGGUCAAGUGUAAACCGGUCCUGGAUAGUAGUGAUGGUAUACUUCGGCUUCGCAUUGGGGGUCGUGAUCGUAGGAAGGAGAUGUUCAAAGGCUGGGUGCUGGUGGAACGUUUUACUUAUCGGGGAAGCGAGGGCAGCUUUUGUGUCAUGCAGAGAGAUGUCGGGAACCCGAUAUCGUGGAGACAGCUCUGGAAAGCCCUGAUUAUGUCACCAUCUGUAGAACCCCAUGUUCUACGAAAAUGAUGAUUUUAUAGUACUAGUGGAUGGGAAAGAGAUACCAAAGAUAUAGCCGUUGUAACAUUUAUGAAAUUUAUUGGCGUUCCUCAUGU